CACAGCUGGAAAGACCUGCGUGCACUGGAAUUACACCAAGGCCUCCCUGCAGGCGCCACCACUGGACUUCUCCUUCCGAGGCAUCAGCUUCAUGCAAGACCUGCUGACGGAGGAGCCUCGUCCCGGCCUCAGAGCCAUCCUGCGCUCGGAGGGGGGCCGCCUGCUGACCCAGGCCGUGCGGCUGAACAACAACACCCUCAGCGACCUGACGGACUUCCCUGACAUCAUGGAGAAGCUGCUGGAGUAUCCCCUGGACAUCUACUGGAUUGACCUCUCCUUCAACGACCUGCCCAGCAUCGACCCGGUGUUGACCACCUACUACAAUCUCCGGAAUCUGAGCCUUCAUGGCAACAGCAUCCAGCACCUCUCUGAAGUGGACAAGCUGGCCGUCUUGCCUCACCUGCGCAGCCUGACUCUCCACGGAAACCCCAUUGAGGAGGAAAAGGGCUACAGGAGCUACGUCCUGUCCACCUUGCCCCAGCUGAAGUCCUUCGAUUUCAGCGGCGUCACCAAACUGGACCGCAGCACCGCAGCCGUCUGGAGGCGCAUGAACAUCAAGCCGAAGCCGCCCUUCCUCCUCACGGCUGACCCUUGCCCAGCCCGACCGGGCACCGCCUUGCCAAGCUAA